GAGAUUCCACUCGGUGUAGCGGUCCCGUGGUGUUGUUAUUGCGUUGUGAGUUCGAAGCUCGAACCCGGAGAGCUUAACAAUUACAAUCGUUACAGCAACCGUAGUGAAUAUCAUAACACUUGGUUGUAAGACCCGCCUUCACUGUAUUCAACAACCCUGGAACCAGAAGAUCGUGUCUCUGUCUUCUCGUCGUUAACCCUGCACUCUCCCUUGUCGCCCCCAGUCGCUCGAGUAUUAUUAAACAUGGAUACCAGAACCCCGUCCCCAAAUCCGUUCCUACACGGAGAAUCACCAUACCUGAAAUUUUACUUGAAGCUAGGAGUCUACGCAGGAGAACGAGAUUCAACCGUCUUAGAAUCUUGGCUAAACGAAUGGGAAUUGACAACCAAAACCUUUCCCUUGUCCGCCCAACAGUUGGGCUGGGUGCUCACCCUUAAGCUAAAGGGCGGUGCACAACUUUGCUUUCGUGCCACAUUACCGGCGCAGGAACACAACUCCUUGGAAUGGGAUAAAGUCGCUCGCGAGCUGAGGUCCUAUUUUAUACAGUCCGACGAGAAAUGGGACCUUGAAAACCGUUGGCAACAAUUGUGCCAAACAGAAUCAGCUCGCUCAUUCAUCAGCGAGUUACUCAAGUUGCACCUUGUUCUAAACAAGCCAGAGGAGGAAGUCCUGCGCAAGAUCUGCGCCAUGUCAAGGGAGCCGUUGAGAGGAGAACUCCGGCUUCGUCGCCCAGGCAGCCUUAACGAGGCCAUCACGCUGGCCAGUCACUUCGACGAUGCUGGAGCCUUUGAAGGGAAACGAACCGGACACGGAUUCUUACCACUCAUGUCGCUACCGCCUGCCACCCAGAAUUUUUCAGUACCAGCAAAUGCUCGACCUCAACACUGUCCACCGCCCCCUUGGUUCAAUUAAGUCCUCAAGGGCAUAGCUGUAACACAUUAAGCUUAUUACUAAGCGAA